AUGAUGGGAUUGCUAGGGCGAUCAAAGCUUGAGCCGUCGCCUGUGAUAUCAAUUGAUCUGAAUAAGGGUAAGGGAUUGGUUUUUGGUUUUGAGAAUCAAGAUACAUUCAAAGCCAAAGAUAAAGGAGUAAAGAAUGGACAAAGACUGCUGGAUGAUGCUAUUAGAUCUGGUGUGGCAAUGAGGGUGGGUCCUCUUGUCAAUCAAACCCAAUCUGAACAGAUUGCAGGAAACUUUGUGGGUUCUUCUUCCGGAAAGCAAGCUUGUUCAACGGUUUUUAGAGCUGGCAAUUCUGAUGCUGGCUCUUCCGGGACAAGUAAGAAGACUAGGAAACCACGUAGAAGACCCAACCGGGCUGUGAGGAACAAGAGCAAGGUGAAUGAUGGGCAGCUUCUGGAGGUGAUGGUUAAACAAGCACCAAAGAAGUUGUUUGGCAAUAACACAGUACCUGCGGUGGAUACAGGAGAUAGAGGGUUCUGUCAAGAGUGUCAAACUUGCAAAAGAGGUGGGGGUCUCCUUGAUGGGACCUGCUCAUGGAUAUGA